GCGUCCACAGGAAGUGACGCCGUACAGAGUUCCGGCUUCGGCCUUCUCCGCCGCCGCCGCCGCCACUGCGGGUUGUUAUUCCUAAAAUGGCGCCCCUGGACUUGGACAAGUAUGUGGAGAUCGCGCGGCUCUGCAAGUAUCUGCCGGAGAACGACCUGAAGCGAUUAUGUGAUUACGUUUGUGACCUCCUGUUGGAAGAGUCAAAUGUUCAGCCAGUAUCUACACCAGUCACAGUUUGUGGAGAUAUACAUGGACAGUUCUAUGACCUUUGUGAACUCUUCAGAACUGGAGGUCAAGUUCCAGAUACAAACUACAUAUUUAUGGGUGAUUUUGUAGACAGAGGUUACUACAGUUUGGAGACCUUCACUUACCUUCUUGCACUAAAGGCUAAAUGGCCUGAUCGCAUUACACUCUUAAGAGGAAAUCACGAGAGUAGACAGAUAACACAGGUUUAUGGAUUUUAUGAUGAGUGCCAAACCAAAUAUGGGAAUGCUAAUGCUUGGAGAUACUGUACCAAAGUCUUUGAUAUGCUCACAGUAGCAGCUUUAAUAGAUGAGCAGAUUUUAUGCGUCCAUGGUGGUCUCUCUCCAGACAUCAAAACACUGGAUCAAAUCCGAACCAUUGAAAGGAAUCAGGAAAUUCCUCACAAAGGAGCAUUUUGUGACUUGGUGUGGUCAGAUCCUGAAGAUGUGGAUACUUGGGCAAUCAGUCCACGGGGAGCAGGUUGGCUUUUUGGAGCGAAGGUCACGAACGAGUUUGUUCACAUCAACAACUUAAAACUCAUCUGCAGAGCACAUCAACUGGUGCAUGAAGGGUAUAAAUUUAUGUUUGAUGAAAAGCUGGUGACAGUAUGGUCAGCUCCCAAUUAUUGCUACCGUUGUGGAAAUAUCGCUUCAAUCAUGGUCUUCAAAGAUGUAAAUACAAGAGAACCAAAGUUAUUCCGGGCAGUUCCAGAUUCAGAACGUGUAAUUCCUCCUAGAACAACUACGCCGUAUUUCCUUUGAGGCCUUCGCCCAUCCUGCUGAUCCCUUUUCCUACCCUUCCCCCAAAAUUCCUUGUAUUUACCCCCCUACAAUAUACUUUUUAUUGAGCACUUUGCUGCUGAAAUGCUGCCUCUUGCCUCCCUUCCCCCCUUUUUUAUUUUAAAUUAUCUAAAUUUAUUGUGUAUUAUGGUGUCUAUAGCAAUGUUUCUCUAUUGAUUUCCUCCCCAUCCCAUCCCCACCUUGGACUUAUUUGCAAAGACUUUGAGAAAUGUCUUAACAUCCACACUGCUGCAUGUAGUUCUUGCUUAUUACUGGUUUGGGGGGAAACAGGACAUUUUUCCUUUUUUAAAAAAGCAAAUUGGAAAGAACAGACCACACCAAAUAUUCCCCUCCUCUUGUAUUGUUCAGCUUUUUUUUUUUUAAGUUUGGUAAGUUUUAAGAAAUUUCAGCAGCAAAGUUAUUAUUCAGUGGGCACGAUGGACUGUAAAUGCCUUUGCGUUGUGUACACCUGUCCCAGCUGUAAACAUUGUCCUUUGUUGGAUGAUAUUUUAAGUGGCUAUAAAAUAAAUUGGUCGAAAGGGCUGCCCUCUUUGUUGUUCUUUUAAAUUCCAGGCAAAAUGCAAAUCCUGCUCCAGCUUAUGACUUUGUACGUUAAAAUAAUUGUAUCAAUCUUUUUCAGAUUUCCUUGUAUUUUUUAAUAAAAGAAUCUUAAAUGAAACCCAACUAGGUUAAGUAUUAGAAAUUUCAACAACAACCUCCAUUGUUAGCUUAAAGGUAUACCUUGUUUUCCUAAGUAAGAAUAUCUUAAUUCUUUGGUUAUCAGGUUUAGAACUUGAAUUGAAAUUCAAUGGUAUUUAUUUUUUAAAAAAUCACUAAACUGUGCCUAAAGAACAUAACUGCCAUAUGAAUAUUUUGGUUCUAUCUUCUGUAGGUAGUAUUGAAACAUUUAAUACUUGUAAUGCUGAUGUAUUAAUUUGAUACCAGUUAGUGGAUUGAGAUUAACUCAGUUUACAAUCCAUCCACAAGUACCAUUAAGCAAAAUCAUGGUUUCUCUUGCUGUAACACUUGCCUUUCACUUUAAAGAAAGAGUUUUGAUUUGGUUGCAACUUCAAAAGUGAAAAGAGUCCAGGCUAUAUGUGAAAAGCAAAUCCUUAAAAACCUUGAAGCUUACAAGGAAGAUAUGUUGGAGCUUUCCUUAAAGUUCUGUGAUAGCAUGUUUGAGGCUUUGUGUGAGCAGUCUGAACACCUACAGUGGUGUGAUGAUCACUUCUUAAUAUGCAACUGUCUGCUAAAGAAGGACAAGUGUUCCAGCAGCCCAUCUCAGAGCUGUGAGUGUGAGUCAUGUUGGCUUUGACCAUUUUGUGAACUAUCUUGGUAUUCCUUGACUGUGGUUCAUUUUUGUCAUUCCAGGAAUCUUGUGAAGCCAGCCAAUUUUAAUAAAGCACUUUAGUAUCUGUUCAGGUAGUUUUGAAAAAUCAACUUUUCCCCUCUAGGUAAAUAACCUCCAGGUCAUCCUGAAAUGCAAUAAAAAAAAAAAAAUCACUGUAGCUAAAGUUCUCCUUGGCACAUUGUUUUUGAUGGACACUUUUGGUUUGGUUUUGUGUUUGGGGAAAUGAAGAGCACAAUUCCCUUUGGAUUUCAAUUUUCUUCCAUAAUUGGAGAUUCUGUUUUCCUUCUUCCUCUAUUUUACUCCUUCCCUAACAAUUUUCUUUGUGUAGCUUUUGAUUAUGUAGCUAUUAUCAGAAAAAGAAGUGGCUUGGACACUUUUCUGUACACACUUGAACUAAUGUCAGGUCAGUAGUUUUGUAUUACUGACUUGACCCCAGUUGAAUUCAGGGGGAAAAAAGGUAUUUUUGUCUUAUGGGACUAUCCGUAGUUGUGUAUUUUACUAAUUGUGGAACACUGGAAAUUGAUGAUCUUUUGAUAUAUGAUGCAAAUAACUCCUGUUUGUUUUGACACCUCCUUAUUACAGUAUUUUUUUUUUCCGUUAUAAAUUGUAUUGAAUUGUUCAGCCUCUAUUGCUUUUAAGUUGUACCAAUAAAACUAGUUAUAUCUAGUAUCCUAUCCUACCCUCUGACACUUCUAUUCCUAUAUCAUUGUCAUUGUUUAAAUUCUCCCUCCAAUGUGACUUUCUCUUAUGGAACUGCACUUGUAUAUCACUGGUAAGGCAUAUGCUAACGAUAAUCCUGCAUCCAUUGCUCAAUAAUUGUGGACAUGCCUAAUUUCUUGUCAACAAAAGUGUAAUAGCUUUUUGACACAGAGAAAAAGGAUCAUUUAGAUUUAUUCAGUUUCAAGAAAGAGUGAAUGUAUGAGAUUUUUGUAAACUUUAGAAGGAAUAUUUGGACUCCAUCCCAUGAAAAAGGGCUAUGUACAAUAGAAAAUAAAUGUCAUUUGGUGUGGGAGUUAAUUGACAGUCUUAAUAUGUCUGUAGGCAGGAGGAUCUGUUACUCCCUUUGUAGGUUGUAUGUGAAAUCAUUUCUGUUGUAUUAAUGGGGGUGACUUAUUUUUUACUUUUUUCAACAUAUUUGGUUUCUAAUAAAAUAUCCUAGGCUGUA